AUUCAAGUGCGCGCGGCUCUUAUGACUCUAAUUUACAGCAAGUCCUUAAUGAUCAAGUGUGCAGGGCCAACCCAUGGAAAAAUCAUAAACUUGGUGAAUGUGGUUGUUGAAAGAAUUGAGGAUUUCUGCUGGUACAUUCAUGGAGUUUGGUUGCUUCCAGUUCAGGUUAGUUUGGGCUUAGUGAUAUUGUACAUAAACUUGGGAUUCUUGCCUUCAAUUUCUGCACUUGUUGUCACCAUUUUGGUUAUGGUGUGUAACACACCUUUGGCCAAUAUGCAAGAAAAAUUACACUCCAAGAUCAUGGAAGCUAAGAAUACAAGAAUCAAGAUGACUUCAAAGAUAAUGAAGAACAUAAGGAUACUGAAAUUACAUUCAUGGGAAUCUACAUUCUUACCGAAACUCCUCCAAUUGAGAGACACUGAGAAGAGUUGGCUGCAGAAGUACCUCUACACUCGCUCAGCAGUAGCCACUCUUUUCUGGACUUCUCCAUCUUUGGUUUCUGUUGUUACUUUCGGCAUCUGCAUACUGGUGAACACAGAACUGACUGUGGCUACUGUCCUCUCAGCCUUGGCAACUUUUCGGAUUCUGCAGGAGCCAAUCUACAAUCUUCCUGAAGUGAUUUCCAUGAUAGCUCAAACAAAAGUCUCUCUUGAUCGAAUCCAAGAGUUGAUCAAUGAAGAGGAUCAGAACCAGUUUAUGAACAAGCACACUUCAAAAGAUUCAUGAAUUGUUAUUGAAAUCAAGCCAAGUGAAU